UAUAGCCGCUUGCCAGCUGCAAAACAUAAACAGGCAGUCUGCUGAUACGGCGUGUUUAAUAGAACCAGAGUUGUCGUGUUUAUUGCAUUUAGGACAAUUUUUCAUCAACGUUUUCUGGGCCAUUUGAAAAGGUCAAACCCAUCAUGAUGACUGAAAGUCAGGAUUCAAAGCAACUGCUGGUUGACAGAGAAUUGCCGGGGCUAAGAGAAGCCAUGCAAGUGUUUGUCACCAAGGAACAUGAUAUCGAGACCCCACACGGUGUCAUCCAUGUCACCAUGCAAGGACUACCCAAAGGAAAUAGACCUGUCAUCUUGACCUACCAUGACAUUGGACUGAAUCAUAAGUCUUGCUUCGACUCCCUCUUCAGCUUCGAGGACAUGCAUGAAAUUACCCAGCACUUCGCAGUGUGUCAUGUGGAUGCACCAGGGCAACAGAAAGAAGCCCCUGCCUUUCCAGUAGGGUAUAAUUAUCCAUCUAUGGACCAGCUUUCUGAUGUGCUUCCACUGGUUCUCAACAAUUUGGGUCUAAAAAGUGUUAUUGGAAUGGGUAUUGGUGCUGGUGCCUAUAUCCUAUCUAAAUUUGCGCUAAAUCACCCUGAAUUGGUGGAAGGAAUGGUGCUCAUUAACAUUAAUCCCUGUGCAGAAGGAUUGGUCGACUGGGCAGCUAAUAAGAUUUCUGGAUGGGCACAUGCUCUGCCAGAAACAGUCAUUACUCAUCUGUUUGGAAAGGAAGAAAUCCAUAACAACCAUGACUUGAUCCAAACAUACCGACAACUUAUCACCAAGGAGAUCAACCAAAGCAACCUUCAGCUCUUUGUAAACUCAUACAACAGCCGAAGAGAUCUGGAAAUCGAACGACCAAUUCCUGGACAAUUAAACGUGAAAACCUUGAAAUGUCCUACACUUCUGGUUGCUGGAGAUAGCUCACCAGCUGUUGAUGCCGUGGUGGAAUGCAACUCUAAACUGGACCCAACAAAGACAACUCUUCUGAAGAUGGCAGAUUGUGGAGGGCUACCACAGGUUGAUCAGCCUGCAAGACUUACAGAAGCCUUUAAGUACUUCAUACAGGGCAUGGGCUACAUGCCCUCUGCCAGUAUGACCAGACUUGUCAGGUCGCGCACUGCUUCUGGCUCCAGUGUGACAUCUAUGGAAGGGAACAGGAGCCGAGCACAUACCAGUGAAGGCACGAGGAGCCGCUCUCACACUGGAGAGGGCAGUAGGAACCGCACCCACACCUCGGACGGCUCUCGCAGCCGCUCACACACUGACACCAACAUCGAAUCCAACUCCUCCCAUGCAACUGCGGAUCCGACUGUCCCCAAGGCCAUGGAGCUGUCCUGUUAAACCACGUCCACAUCCUGCAAAAAAAAACCCACGAAAACCCUGCUAUCCGUGCUCCACCGCUGCUUAUCAUGAAAUGAUGAAAACCAUGUAAGAAAAAAAAAAA